AUGGACGGCGCCCGGCACCAUCGCCAAGUGUCGCGGGUCGGGGAGCUGAGCCGUCUCGAGCCCGAACCCGUCGAGGCAUCCCCUCUGCUCGAUGCUGGCGCCUCGGAACAAGACGACAAUGGGGCCUCGGACAACAAUCCCAAGGCCCGUUGGAGUGGCUUCGACGACUUCGAGGGUCUGCCCUGGUGGCGCGCCCCUUCUGUCUUCUGGCUGCUCGCCCCAUUCAUCCUCUUCACACUGGCCUUUGGAGGCAUCAUAGUUCCCAAGCUUAACCUCAUUCUGGAUCUUGUCUGCCAGCGCUAUUUUGCAGACAAGGCCCUCGCCGACCCCGAGCAUCCCAUAAUCUUCGGCGGCGACAACCCGCAGUGCAGGAUCCCAGAGGUCCAGAAGGAUGUCGCGACCUUUAUGCUCGUCCUCAACUUCGUCACUGGUGGCUUGAGCGCCUUUGUCGCCCCCAAGUUCGGCCACAUGUCCGACAGGUAUGGGAGGCGACGGCUGCUGGCGCUGGCCUCGUGCGGCGGCUUGCUGGCCGAGCUCGUCACCAUUCUGGCCGCCAAGUUUCCCCAGACCAUCGACUACCGCUGGCUCAUCUUGGGCGCCGUAUUUGAUGGCAUGACGGGAUCCUUUACCGCCGGAAGCAUCCUCAGCCAGUCGUACACGAGCGACUGCACCCCUCCGUCCAAGCGCGCCGUCUCGAUAGGCUACGUCCAGGCCUGUCUCUUUGUCGGCCUGGCCUUUGGUCCUCUGCUAGCCGGCUAUUUCGUCAAGUGGACCGGCAGCCUCAUCUCCAUCUUCUACGUCACCCUCGGCUGCCACGCCUUCUUCGUGCUCUUUGUCGGCUUUGUCAUACCCGAGUCGCUCUCCAAGAAGAAGCAGCUCGCGGCUCGCGAGAAGUGGCAGAAGGAGAAAGAGGCUCGCGCCAUGCACAUGGGCUCCUGGCUGUCCGCCAUCCUCAACUCGAAUCCUCUGGCGCCUCUCCAGAUUCUCUGGCCCACCGGCCCGGGGACCUCGACGCGCCUGCGUCUCAAUCUUGUGGCGCUUGCCGUCUCCGAUGCCAUCAUCCUCGGGGCCGCCUUUGCCGUUGGUCCCGUUCUCGUGUUGUACGCCGAGUACAUGUUCAAGUGGGGUAACCUGGAGACUUCUCGCUUCAUCUCAGCCCUGUCCAUGGUGCGAGUCGUGGUCCUCAUGGGCAUCUUCCCCCUCAUCAACUACGUUGGGCGCAUUCGCCCCGCAGCCCGCCGGCACAAGCUGCUGGGCAUUGUGCCGGUGGAGAGGAACUCGGGAGCCGACCGGCUGGAUAUUUGGAUCCUACGAUUCGCCCUGUUUUGGGAGGUUGUGGGAUGCUUGGGAUAUGCCCUUUCCUGGAACGAGAUGCUCUUUGUCGGUUGCGGCAUGAUCACUGCGUUCGGAGGGCUCGGGAGUGCCACAACCCAGGCGGUCGUGACAAAGCAUGUGCCCGCGGAGCGGGUUGGCCAGAUCCUGGGCGCCAUUGGCAUGCUGCACGCCAUGAGCAGAGUCGUCGGACCGGUCGUCUUCAACGGCAUCUACGCUGCGACCGUGGGGACGUUUCCGCAGGCGGUGUUCCUCGCGCUCUGCAGCCUGUUUGUCAUUGCUCUUAUUUGCAGCUUCGCCAUCGAGCCACACGUUCACUGGGAAGAAGUCUCCGACGAGGCAGAGGAGUCGCUCAACCCUGCGCAGCAAGCCUUCGACACCAACGCCGAUGCGCUGCGGGUUGCGGAGGAUCAAGUCCGCGUUCAAUAA